GGGGGGAGGAAGAGGAGGAAGGGCAAGCAGGGAGGAUUCACUUCCCACCUCCCUUCCUCUCUCGCUGGGGCCUGCCGGGAGCAUCCUAUUCAGCCCGCCCGCUGCCCCCUUCCCCAGGCUCCCUCCGGUUGCUGCUCCGAUGCUUCUGCAGUGAGGAAGGCUGCUGCCCGCCAGCGGCCGUGGUGAACAACCACCAGCGGCUGCCGCCGCCACGGGUCAUCAACGUGGGCUCGCUGCUACUCACCCCGCAAGAGAACGAAAGCAAGAGGACAAAGUGGGGCGCGGUGGAAGGGCUUGGAGGGGAGAUGGAGGCGAGGGGAGAAGGAAAGCUCAGAAGGAAAGAAGGAAAGCUCAGAGAAGGAAAGCUCAGAAGGAAAGCUCAGAGAAGGAAAACUCUCAAAAACUGGAUUAAAUUUAAGUGUUGCCAACUGGAUUCAGAAUUGGAGGGUGCAAAUAACAGGGGCGAAAGUUCUCUUGGCACCUGUGCUUAAACAGUUAUAGGACAUGCAUCUAAAAUCUCAUUAUGGGCAGUGGCUGCUGUGGACCACUAAUGAAGUGUGCGUGUACCAGAUUUGUGUGAUGAAAGAUGCACAGAGAUGUCUGGCCACAUUCUUAAUGGUACAAUUCCUGGGACUGCAUUUGUAUGAGCCAGAACAGUGUCUACCCCGUCUUACCUGAAACUGCUUCUCAGCCAGUGCAGUACCUGUGAGCCUGUCUUGUGGCACAUGGUUUGAGUGGGACAAACUUCUGGAGAAUGUGCAUUGUUUGAUCAUAAGUGUGACAAAAACUGACAAGCAGGAAGCUUAUGUACUCAGUGAGAGUAGCAUGUUUGUCUCCAAGAGACGUUUCAUUUUGAAGACAUGUGGUACCACCCUCUUACUGCAGGCACUGGUUCCCCUGUUAGAGCUUGCUAGAGAGUACUGUGGGUUUGACUCAAUUCAGAGCUUCUUUUAUUCACGUAAGAAUUUCAUGAAGCCUUCCCACCAAGAGUACCCACACAGGAAUUUCCAGGAAGAAGUAGAAUUCCUCAAUGAAAUAUUUCCAAAUGGAGCAGCUUAUUGCAUGGGCCGUAUGAAUUCUGACUGCUGGUACUUGUAUACUCUGGAUUUUCCAGAGAGUCGGGUAAUCAGUCAGCCAGAUCAAACACUGGAAAUUCUAAUGAGCGAGCUUGACCCAGUAGUUAUGGACCAGUUCUACAUGAAAGAUGGUGUUACUGCAAAUGAUGUCACUCGUGUGAGUGGAAUUCGUGACCUGAUACCAGGUUCUGUCAUUGAUGCUACAAUGUUCAAUCCUUGUGGAUAUUCAAUGAAUGGGAUGAAAUCAGAUGGAACUUAUUGGACUAUUCACAUCACUCCAGAACCAGAGUUUUCAUAUGUUAGUUUUGAAACGAACAUAAGCCAGACAUCCUACGAUGACCUAAUUAGGAAGGUCACAGAUAUUUUUAAGCCAGGAAAAUUUGUGACAACACUCUUUGUUAAUCAGAGCUCAAAAUGUCGCACAGUGUUUGCUUCAGCCCAGAAGAUGGAAGGUUUUAAGCGUCUAGAUCGCCAGAUUGCUCAGUUUAAUGACUACAACUUCGUUUUUACCAGUUUUGCCAAGAAUAAACAGCAGAGUUGAUUAAGAGAAAUGAAGAAAAAGCGUAAAAAGAUACCCAAUAGAGGAGGUGGUGGUUGCUUUCUAGUUAAUGAUACAAGGGGCCAUAUUUUUCAUACCCACCUCAUAGUUGCAGAAAGCCCUAGAUGUAAUCAUAGUAUAAUUUUCAAUUGUAUGCAUUAUUAUAUCAAAAAUCUAGAUAUAUUGCAUGAAUGCUCUCUUCUGUGUUUAGGUAUUCUAUUUCACUCUUGCUGUGAAAUUGAAAUGCAUGUAGAAAAAUUUUACUGUAUGAAACUUUACAACACUUGUAAAAACAAUUCAGAUAGGAUUACAUGCAGUAUAGUUUUUCUCCAAGUAUCACCAAAAAUUCCCCACAGACAAGGAUUUCGUCCUCAUUAGAAUUUCCCCUGGACCUACUUAUCUGAAACAGUUAGUUGUUGCCUAAACCCCCCCCCCCAUGUAUGCUGUCACUUCAGACUUUUAAACAUCUCUUGAAUUUGAGUAAUUUAAUUGACAUUUAUUUAUAACUUCUCAAUGGCAGAUUCAAACUGUCAGGAUUAGAGAACAAGACUACUUAACACAUGGUGGACUACUUGAUUUUUAUUUGAGGCUUGUAAAACUUAUCACUUAGACCUGUAUAAAUUCUAGAACUAACUAAAAGGACACCAUGCUGGGUGUUAAUUCACUAGCUUUCCACCUCUGGAAACUUACUCGUUGGUCACAAGUUAUUUUUAUUAUCUUUCAACUUGGGCCAGAACAUAAACUGUUAUGUUCCAUGUUAGCUUUUAGUUUUGAAGGCAGUUCAAGCAACUGGUGGAAGCUGUUGAACAUCUAUAUAAGUGUAUUGACACAGUUGUGACAAUAUGAACUUAGCUGGCUCCAGGUAUUUCACAAAUGUCAAAUACAGUUGCAGGCUUUAGGAAUCUGAUUUGCUAGGAGCUUGAUAGUGCUUAAUGGUAAGGAGAUCUGGUAAACACAGUGGAAUGUGACUCAAAACUACUGCACAAAACUGUUAGUUGCCAUUUCUUUGGAAUAUGCUGGCUCAAAUGUUACUUCAUAAUAAUCCAAACACUGUAAGUCCUUCCAAACUGUAACUUAUGUCCUGUGACACCAUUGUGCAUGUGCUAGUUCAGCUGAAUUUUAACAAUAUUGUGGCUUCAUCUGUGUUUCUUCCCAAUUGUGUGGUUCCUUUUUUACAUGACAUGGAAGGCAUUGAGUGAUUUGGCUGCCAAAAGCAAAAUCUGGAGAGCCUAGACACACAGACUUAGAACAUUAUAUAUAAAACUUAACACUAUAGGCAUGGAAAUAGUCACUUCAUGGAUAUUGAGCUAUUAGGUGCAAGUUUUGGAGAAACAGUAUAUUCAUGGAAAUACUGUGGGAUUUCAGUUGUUAAGACCAGCAAGUCUGUUACAAGUUUGACAUUUUUGUCCUUGCUAGGUUUUUUUGAUUCUCUGAAUAUGACAAUAUUUUGUUCCUUCUGUAUUUAUAAAUGAAGCACUUUUUUUAGUGUUUCUACGCUACUAAAUCUGCUUGGUUGGAAAUCAAGUGGUUGGAACACCUUCACUUUUUUAUUUUUAAACAUUUUCUACCAAAUUUAUCAAUUUGCUUCUAAGUAGCACCUAAUAGUUUGGGGUGCUUUAGAUUGAGGACCAAUAUAUGAAAUGUUUUUUUGUUCUUGAAGAGUGCCUAAAGUGAAGGUACUACUUGUUGGCUUGAAGUCUGCUAUAGUGAAGAUCCCUUUGAGGAAUAAUGAAAAUGCAGAUUCCAGUGAAAAGAGCCUUGGGAUAGAAAGUUGUUGAAUGGGUAUUAACACUAGGGUGAACAAAAGAGGGGGGUGAUGUUUGGUGUUAAAACUUCUCUCUGUGGUGUUAGACAUGGAUCAUUAAAAUGUACAAAAAUUAUAUCUGUACCAGAAAUCGUAAUGCUUCAAUAAAAGUUUGCUUUCUAAGCUUUUACAA